AGCUCUGAGAGGACUGUCAGAAGAACAGGAAGAGUGCUCUGCUGCUAGGGACGUAGUCGCUUCCCCCGCUGUCAUUCAGGGGUUAAAAAGUUAACAAAAGUUGUAGCAGUCAUGGAAACUAAUUUGGGAAAUACUGCCGACCCCAGUCAUCCGUAACGCCGACACGCCGUGUGUGUUGUAGUCACCGAAACAACUCGUGAAAGUGGGAAGAGCGAAUUCUCUUUUUUUUUUCGUUUACUGGGGACUUCACCUACUGUAGCAGACAAGCUAGCCUAGCUAAAGCUAACGUUAGCUCACUUAGUGCCGUAUAUUUUUAGGACUUAAACUUCGUAUUGUUAAGGCUUCGGGUUGUGUUACAUGUGGAUACCGGUGGAGUAACGCACUCAUUUGUGUUUUGUAGAUGCAACAGGUCGUUUUCGUACUUUUCGUCCCGAGCUCCGGGGCUGUGCUUUGAAUUUCCCUCCUUCAGUGAUAACAGACAGGCGGAUUAGCGAGGGGUUCAUUCGGUGUGGUUGGCUUCUUACCAAAUCAUUAGCACCACUGUGCUAAUUGCGGCUAGUUAGCCAGGGAAGUAGCCUAGGCCUAAGGGAAUUUACUUUUGGCUUUUUCCCCCCUCAAGUUGAGAAAAAACACCGUCGGGGGGAACUUUUUCUUUGUGUUGAGAGCGGGGAGAUUACCGCCACACAGGUUUAUUUUGACAUCCAAUUCAAGGAAACGGAUUAACUUAUAAAUAUGGAUCCACACACGGGCAACUCUGCCUCAGCUGCUGCUGGUCCCAAGAAGGACAAGAAAUCAAAGAAGAGCUACGAGGAUGGAGAUGGGAAAAAGAAAUUUAAACUCAAACGGCUGAUUCCUGACGAGUUGGAGCGUUUCACCAGCAUGAGGAUGAAAAAGGACAAGGAGAAGCCUGGCCAUAUGCCAGGUCAGCGCCACUCUUCAGCUGCCAGCUAUGAGAUCAGUGCUCAGAGUGCCAUGCUGCAUGAUCAUUCUGAUGAAUACGUCCUGGAGCUCUUCGAACAGAUGCUGGUGGAUAUGAACCUGAAUGAGGAGAAGCAGCAGCCUCUCCGAGAGAAAGACAUUAUGAUCAAGCGAGAGAUGGUCUCCCAGUACCUUCACACAUCGAAAGCUGGUCAAAACCAGAAGGAAAGCUCCAAAUCAGCCAUGAUGUACAUUCAGGAGUUAAAGUCAGACUACAGAGACGCACAGCUGCUGAGCUGUCUGGAAUCUCUACGAGUCUCACUCAAUAACAACCCUGUCAGUUGGGUGCAGAACUUUGGAGAUGAAGGCCUGGCCCUGCUGCUGAGUCUGCUUAGAAGACUACAGGAGGAGAAAGACGAGUUCCCAAUGAUGGGAGUGAAAUGCCAACACGAGAUCAUUCGAUGUCUAAAAGCCUUUAUGAACAACAAGUACGGUCUAAAAUCCAUGUUGGAGUCAGAUGAGGGAAUUCCUCUGCUGGUCAGAGCCGUCAACCCCAGGGUGCCUCAUAUGAUGGUGGAUGCUGUGAGGCUGCUUUCUGCCAUCUGCAUUUUGGAACAUAAUGAGAACCUCCAUGAACGUGUUUUGGAGGCCAUUACAGAGGAGGCUGAGAGACAGGACAUUGAGAGGUUUCAGCCUCUCCUUGCAGGCAUGAACAAUCACAACAUUGCUCUUAAGGGUGGCUGCAUGCAGCUAAUCAAUGCCUUAAUCAGCCGAGGAGAGGAGUUGGACUUCAGGAUCCAUAUUCGCUCUGAACUGCUAAGACUGGGACUCAGAGACCUGCUGACGGAGGUGCGGACGAUAGAAAAUGAAGAGCUGAGGGUGCAACUUACAGUGUUUGAUGAGCAGGCAGAAGAUGACUCUGAGGACCUCAAAGCACGUCUUGAUGACAUCCGCAUUGAGAUGGAUGAUGUGAGGGAAGUGUUUGAGAUUCUGGUCAACACUGCCAAGGACUCCAAAGCCGAAAGCCACUUCCUGUCCGUGAUGCAGCACCUGCUGCUGAUCCGUAAUGAUUAUUUGGCCAGGCCUCAGUACUACAAGCUGAUAGACGAGUGUAUCGCUCAGAUCGUGCUCCACAGGAAUGGAGCAGACCCUGACUUCAAGUGCCGUCACCUUAGCCUCAAUAUUGAAGGCUUGAUAGACAACAUGGUAGACCAGACCAAGGUGGAAACCAGUGAGGCCAAGGCCACCGAGCUGGGAAAGAAGCUGGAUGCAGAGUUGACGGCACGCCACGAGUUGCAGGUGGAGCUGAAGAAACUGGAGGGCGACUAUGAGCAGAAGCUGCGGGACUUGAGCCAAGAGAAGGAACAGCUGGCCUUGUCUAAGCAGGAGCGAGAACAGGAGAACCAGGGACUACAACAACAGCUAGGCUCUCUGAAACAGCAGAUUGAGCAGCUGUCUAAGGAUCUGGAAGAGGCCAAGACUAAAGUUGUUACAGUAACUGUUCCCGUGCCAACACCUGGUUUGCCCCCUCCACCGCCACCCCCUCCUCUCCCUGGCCAGAAUGCAGGUAUGCCCCCUCCACCUCCACCUCCGCCCCUACCAGGCCACGCUGCCAUACCCAUUCCUCAGCCCCCACCACCUCCCCCUCUACCGGGCCAUGCCAGUAUUCCUCCUCCUCCACCACCGCCUCCUUUGCCGGGCAUGCCGGUCCCACCGCCACCCCCGCCCCUGCCUGGAAUGCCGGGACCACCACCCCCUCCGCCCUUACCUGGGAUGGGACCACCACCCCCUCCACCCUUACCCGGGAUGGGACCUCCACCGCCACCACCGCCACCUGGAGCUCCUGGUAUGCCUCCACCUCCUCCAUUUGGCAUGGGAGGCUGGGGUGCCCCCGCACCACCUCAGCUGCCUUUCGGGCUCCAACCUAAGAAAGAUUACAAGCCAGAGGUCCAGCUGAAGAGAGCCAAUUGGAGCAAGAUCGGACCUGAAGACCUCUCUGAGAACAGUUUCUGGACCAAGGCAAAAGAGGAGCAAUUUGAAAACAAUGAGCUCUUCGCCAAACUCACUUUGACCUUCUCCUCGCAGACAAAGACCACUAAAGGUAAGAAUAUCACGCACACACUUCCAUUUAGUUGUUUUUUCACACUUCUCCUCCAGCCUUUUUCACCCUUCUUUUUCUCCGCGUGGAGGACACACUGCACAUUUGCAUUAUUCAGCAAUGCUGUGUCAAAACAGCAACUCACAUGAGUUCAUGAAUAAACCACCCACACCUGUGGUUGUGUAUGUGGUCAUCUACUCGGUGUGCCCAUGACUUGUUGUGCAGAGACGGAGAGCUUGCAUCCGGGUGAGAUGAAUUGGGAGUUGGGGACAGAGGGAGAGAUGGACAAAGGGAGGAGGAUAGAGGGAGGGAUAAGGAGAAGGUCACUGAUGUCCUUUGACUAGCCACCUGCUGUCCUGGCACAAAGCGCUGACACACGGGCGUACGCUCACACACGCACACCUGUCCACUCAUAUCACCUUGUCCCAGUGUCACUGAGCCUUCUGCUCCAACUCCUCCAUAUUCAUAUCAUAACCAGGACACCAGGAACUCACAGACAGACAGUGUGUGUGGGUGUGUAUAUAAUUCCAUCUGACCUUCAGAUUCAGUCUCCGUACACAUACGCACACAGACUCUUGCUCAUGUCAUGUACAUAAACAUAAGUGCGCAUGCACACAUGGCUGAUGCUAGCUGUUGAUGUCAGUUAAAUGUCAGUGUUGGCAGCUGUCCCAUCUGCAUUCACCUGUAUGGCAAGUCCUAACGUCCACCUGUCACUCCUUAAUUUGACCCCCCCAGCCCCUUGGCCUGUGCACCCACGCCUCCCCUUUUUAUUGGCCGAGACAGCCGCCUGUUCCGGUUGAUGUCUAAUAACCUUUUCUGAGAGCUGACUAUAAAGACACCGUGGCCUUUUCAUAGCCCCACACCUGUCUGUAUGUCUGCUUGUGUGGAUGUACUGUGUGUGUGUGUGUGUGAGAGAGAGAGAGAAAAAGAGGAAGACAGAGAGAGUGAAAGAGAUACACCAGGUGUUUAUUACUCUGAUGUGUUGUUUCCUGUGUGUGUUUUAAAUAUGUUGAAGUCUAGUAGUUAGGAAUAAAGCAGCAUUUGAAACAGAAUUCAAUUUCAUUGAA